CGUGACAAGACAUCGUACCUUUUCUUGAACGGUAAAUGAUAUGGACCGGUAGAAGGUCAACAAGCGGACACAACAAAUGCUGCAAAUUUUCAAAGCACUGGUACUGUCAUGUCCACCUUUUGAAGUCGUCGUCAGCAAAGUAGUACGAUACGAUACGAUACGAUACKAUACGAUAGUGCCGAAGCAGAAUAGAACAUAGACUUCCUUCUGACAGUUACUCCCAUCACAUUACAGUAGAACAGAUAGACACGACACAUCGACGCAUCGCAUACGUUAUUUGCUGCAAACAAACCAAUCAUGUUUGACGAAGAUUCCUCCUCGGACGAAGAGGAGAAAAAUCCCGUGGAAACGAAGACCACCGAUGACAAUGACAAUGACAAUGACGAUGGCGACAAAAAGGCUGCGGAAGAGUCGAAAAUCGAGGAAGAUGGCAAGGGCGACGGCGAGACAAAGACCGCGGAAGAGGGAAAAAACGACGACGAUGGCGACAGCGACGACGAGAGCGUAGGCAAGGGACAGGGAGGCAAGAAAGAAACAACGAAAAAAGACGCUUCCACAGCCGGGCUCUUCGACGACAGCUCCGACGACGAUGACGACGACGCUGUCUUUGACGACGCGGGCGCGGUGGUCGGUUCGUCGGCCCCCCCGAAGAAGAAGGAAGAAGACCCCGAACUCAAACGAAGGCGGGCCGCCUCCAAAAAGGGACGGACCCAGAACGCAACGGUCCCGAGUGCCGGCAAACCGCAAGAGGGAUGCUCUCUGCACAUGACCAAGCUGCCGAACGUGGUGGCCAUCCAACCGUCUGCCUUUGACGAGGUCGACUACGACGAGAAGGAAGAGGAGGAGACCUACAAGGGAUACGUGCACAACAUGAUCCGCUGGCGGUACAAGAAGGACGACAACGGCAAUCCAAUGCGAGACGAAAGGGGCCUGAUCCGGGAGAGCAACACCAAGCUGGUCAAGUGGAGUGACGGGUCCUUCACACUGCACAUUGGAAAGGAAGCCUUUGACAUCCAAAACGUCGAUUCGUCGACCGGUAGCGGGUUCUCCGGCCUGAACGGGUACGUUUACCAGUCCCAGAAGGCUACCUUCCAAACCGACGAGAACGACUCGGACAACGACGACGAAGACGACCUUCAGAACGGCGGCACCGUCCUCGAAUGCAUCGGUCCCGUCGGGAGCCGCUUUGUGGCCAAGCCAUCCUCCCUCCAGUCCGAGUCGCACAAGAGCCUCACGGUGGCCGUCCGCCAGAGGACCGUAAAGCGGGCGAAGAUCGCCCAGUACAUGACCGAAGAGGACCCCGAGAAGCUCAAGCAGGAGCGAAUCAAGUACAACGAGGACGCCGAGAAGCUCAAGCAGCGCAAGCGCGCGACCGGUGGAGGAAGCCGAGGCGGCGGCCGCCGCCCCGGCAUGAACAAGGGAUACCUGGAGGCGGACGACGACGAGGGCUACGACACGGUAAACUUGCGCGCUAUGAAGAAGGCCUCCGCGAGCAACUACGACAUGGACGAGAUGGACGACUACGGAGACGAGUCGGACGACGACUACGACCAGUCGUUCGCCAACCGGGGUCGCAAGCGGCAGCGAAAGCCGGUCGAGGAAGACAGCGACGACGACGACGAGGAAAUGGUCUUUGACGACGACGACGACGACGAUGUGGUAAAGAUUCACCAGAAAAAGAAGAGCUCGGCGGUCUUAGAUGACGACGAGUAGCCAAAGAAAGGAACGAAGGAACGAACCAACAAUCAAAUACUGUACUCAAAAAAAGAAGGACGAAUCAGAAGUCCGGGAAUGCACUGCGCUACUUCUAAACAAGAAACCACGGGAACGAAACCAAACCAUAGUACAAUUGUUAUUAACCAACUGCUACAUCAAUAGCGUACAAAGAAAGAACAAACAGAAAAUACCACUGCAACACUCUGCCUGUUCUUCGGCAUGGGUCCUAAUUUUAGAGGGGUGCGCAUUGCAUCAAAAUUCAUAUUCCAUGGGUGGAUGAAACACGAAAAAUAGCACCCAAGGAUUUUUUCUCGUUUUAAUUCUGCUUUUCUUAGUUUCAAACUGGAAGAACUUCAUCAAAAACUAAUACUACUACACACUCAUUUCAUUACAAGUCCGACUUCACGAUGGCCCCCACAAUGACUAUGACAAAGAACUGCUGCUUUCUCAAGUAGCUCCGGAAACAUGAUCUCCUGCUUUUGUUGUCAAGGUACUUCGCAUUUAUUUGGAAUAUUGUUGGGGUACCAACAAGGAGGUACUAGUAGUAAAUGGUGGUGGUGGAGGAUUCUACAACACAAAAACCAACAUGCAAUAUGCUGUUUCUUAUUGUAGUAAGGAGAACACCUCUUCUCUUCCAAAAAACAACAACAUGUCAGAGAGGAAUAGUACCCAAGAAAAUAGCACCAGCAGGCAACAAAUCAAUGAGGAACUCCUCUAUAGUUUAACAAA